AUGUGGAUUGUUAGUUGGUUCCGUGACGUUCUGGCCUCGCUUGGGCUCAUGAACAAGAACGCCAAACUUCUGUUUUUGGGUCUGGACAAUGCCGGCAAAACGACCUUGUUGCAUGUGCUCAAGACCGACCGGAUGGCCACCCUGCAGCCCACCCUCCAUCCCACGUCUGAGGAGCUGAGCAUCGGCAACAUCAAAUUCACCACCUUCGAUUUGGGCGGCCACGCUCAGGCUCGCCGCGUGUGGAAGGACUACUUCCCCGAGGUCAGCGCUAUUGUUUUCCUGGUCGAUGCCGCGGACCCCGAGCGCUUCCCUGAGGCCAAGGCUGAGCUCGACGCCCUUCUGGACAUCGAGGAGCUGCGCAACGUGCCCUUCCUUAUUCUCGGCAACAAGAUCGACGCUCCCACCGCCGUAGGCGAGGACCACCUCCGCCAGGCCCUCGGCAUCUUCCAGACCACCGGCAAGGAGCGCACCACUGUCGACCAGGGUGUGCGACCUUUCGAGGUCUUCAUGUGCAGCAUCAAGAUGCGCCAAGGCUACGGAGAGGGCAUCCGCUGGCUCAGCAACUACGUUUAA